UCUCAUAUAUUUACUUACAUAUUUUUAUAUUCAGAAGGAAGAAUUAUUUUUAAUAUUUUUAUAUAUUAAAAUGUUUUCCUCUGCAAAAUUAACUUUAUUAAGAAAAUUUUCAACCAAUGCAAUUAAUUUAUCAAUUAAGUACAAUGCCGUUGGUGGAUUAAGGCUUGUAGAGCAAAUGGCAGCCAUAAAAAGCAGAAAAAUGUUUGUAGCAUGGCAUCCAGAUCAAGAUUUUCCGUAUGAGUUCACAAAACCAAUUCCACCGGAAGAGGUUAUAGAUUCCGGUUCAUUGAUUAAAGAAGAUACAUUAAAUACCGCAAUGAGUGCAUUUAAAAACAAACAACCAAAAGUAGCUAGACAGGAGUUAAUGAAUUUAACAUACACAACAAAACAUAGAUGGUAUCCUAGAGCAAGAGAUAAGAAAGCAAAGAAAACUCCAAUGGAUAGAAAGUAUUUGUAAAUUGAAGUUAUCUUUAUUUUGUAAAUAAAAUAGGUACACAAAAUUAAAAAGUAAAAUUAUACUAAUCAA